AUGAUGGCGUCUGGACCUUCAUUUACCGCUUCCAUCUCGGACCCUCUGAACAAGCCAUCGUUUAGUGAGGCUCCGCAGCAGGAGAACGGCGAUAGCCACCCCUCUAAGUCCACGGAGGACUCUACUCUAACUGAACCUACUGAGACAAAAGCACCGGAAAACCCCGCUCCAGCAAAUGGCGUCUCUAGUAAACCUGUGUCGGAAACCAAGCAAGAAGAGACCAACACAGGUGAGAAGCGAGACCUUGAGGCGACUUCAACCGCAAAGCCUAGCGCGGACGAAUCGGCAGAGCCCGACUCCAAGAAACAAAAGACAGGUGAAGACAAUGCAGAUGGAGUCAAUGGCACAUCCGCACCCGCACCGCCAGAGAAGAAGGCCGAGCCAGCACCGCCGAAGAAGAAGGGAGGCCGGCCCAAGAAGACCCAGGACUCCGUUAAAAAGGAUAUCCCUACCGAUGGAAUUGGCAGUCGCACACGCAGUCGCACCAAGCCGUCCUCGUAA